AUGCUCCAUCAAGUCAUUGCCCCGAAGUCAAAGGCGCGUCCUCAUCUGUGUGAACACGCCGCUCAUCAGUACAACGGCAGUGAUAUGUUUAUUUCUAAUGUCUCUAUGCCCCUGAGCGCAAUUUCAAGAACAAAUUGCUGGCAAACCUCAUUAUCAAAAGACGUGCAGGUGACAACUCGUGCCACUCACCUACGGAGCGCAACAAAAAAGUCGAAUGAGGAAAGAGACCAGCAAGGGAUGCUGCUGGUUCCUUGGUUGGACGACGAUCGUCCAGCUUACCCGCACCCCACGAACCAGUCGGCCAACUGUACAUGUUGUGCAGCUGGUUGCAUCCCAGACUAA